CAGCUGCAAACCACACAAUUGUAUGUUAUCAAAAUUUCCAGGAUUCUACGCGCACAGUUUGUUGCCACCUUCUUGCGAGUGAUGGCCGCCGGAGAAGUGCCGAACUUCAGCAGCUGGAUGGGUGAGGAGGAAGACGCGUGCAAGGCACUGACCCCGUUCCAGGUGGUAUUCCCUGGCACGCAUGACUCGGGCAGCUCAAUGCUAACUGGAUCGGCGGUGAUAGGCUUGAGUUCGGGACUCAAUGCCCUCUGCAGAGUUCCCUGCUUUCGUCGGUUGAUAGGGCGAUGGACGAUCACGCAACCAGGCCUGUCCAUCCAUGACCAGCUGGUCGGAGGCAUUCGAUUUCUGGACUUUCGCAUAGCCUCGGCUUCCCGAAACAAGCGUGGAGAGGAAGAGUUGACAUUCAUUCUCAUCCACACAUUCAUGGUUGGGUAUCUCGAGGACGCUCUCAGGGAAAUAGUGCGCUUCAUCGACUCCCAUCCCACGGAAUUGGUGCUGGUCUCCUGCAUUCCCUACAACAAUAUUGACGAGCGCGCAUAUCAGAGCUAUGUGGAGCAGUUUCUGAGCAAGCACGCCUGUCCUGCCAGUAAGCUGUCGCCCACGACAACGGAUGCUGGCACCACCGGUUCCCAUGGUGAUAGUGUGGGUGGUGAUCGGGGAACACCAUCGUCAGCGACAACGGUGCCCAGUAUCUACUCGCUCACGUCGGCGGGACACAACCUGAUUUUGAUUGGCAAUCCUGAGGCAAGCAGCACACCGGGUGAUAGCACUGUAUGGCUUUCAAAAACUAAACUAGUGACCGGCGGCCCGUUCCGCAGUCUGAGCAGUGUUGAGGAGAAACAAGACCUGAACCACCAGCAAUUGGCAAACUAUUCUUCGAACACGGCGACGGAGAAGCAGGCAGUCGAGCUCUAUCAGCUGACACACACUGUCACUCCGGACGCAAAGAGCAUCGUCAAAGAUAUCCUAACCUGCAAAACUCUGAUCAGCCACGCUGAUGCUAUGAACGCCACGCUACCAGACUUCGUAUCCAGCCGGUUGAGCAGCCAGCACCGAGGCAACAUCAAGAUUAUAACUGUGGACAACUUCAUCACCUCUGAUGUCGUGGCCAUAGCCAAGAAGAUGCUCAGGGAUCGACUGCAGAGCAUCUAAUUCUGAUACUCACACUACACAGUGUUAGCGCCGCUGUAGGGUAGUGAAGUUCUAGCACAGAGAACAGAGAGCUCUGGCAUAGCCGUUGUCACAGAAAUCAAGCUGGCGUCUUGGUUCUGUGUGCCUGACAUGCUGUGGUACUAGCCACACGUAUACAUGCCUGUAUACCACAACGGCCAUGUUUUCCACCACCGGUGGUUUCGGCAAAAACACGGAGUCGCUCUGCAAGCGGAUAGCUUCUCUUCAAGCAGCCAAGACCGGAGAGGCAUACAGCUGUGCCAUGUCUUGGGUUCGCUGCAAAUUGAGUUUUGCCCUACUCCAGUCCAGCUUGAUGUGUUUGCGUGGAUCCCGGAAUCUUCGGCCGGCGCAGUUGGACUCACAUCCCACCUUGGCGGUUGCUGGGGCGGGCAUUCGUAUUUGGUACCAUUUGCCCCUGGUUUUGUCCGUAUUGGUUUCAUUUUUGCUCUUUUCAUCCUAAUACAUGUUCUAGUAGUAGUCGUUUUCAGUCCAGUAUUGGACGGCCGCACUCCAGCUCUUCUUUGCACUUCUCUUUACUUCUUUUUCCUUUGACUUGAUCAUUGAUUGUGAUGGUAUUUUGUGAGG